AUGCCUCGGCCACAUGAUCGCACGCUUGGCCUCCAGUCAGGGGGAUUGACUGACGAAUCAACCCUUUACGUCUUUUCCCUUCAAGGGGCCGUAAUGGCGGCGGGCGACUAUGCGGACUUCAUGGAGACCAAUUUUGCGGAUCAUCCUAUGCCCGAGUACGGAGAUACGGCAGACACUCCCAUAUGUAUAGACGUCGACGACAAUGGGGCCAAUACGAAUUCGUCCAUUGGGAGCCUGCCAUUGGUUCCACCCGUCACUCAUCAUUCCACGAGCCAAUCCAGGAAGUUAUGCAGCGCGUUGAACAACAAAAACCAACGUCAAUUUGAUCCGCUUGAUCUGGAGAUUAUCUCUGACCCCAUACCCGAAUUUCCGGUUGACGAGCCAAUCGAAGAUCUUGUACAGCAGCUUGAGGAACGGCAUCAAGCGCAAUUUAAUACAGUUGACCUGGACAAUGACUUUGAUCUCCUAUUCGGCAAUCAAGUCAUCGACCCAAUGGAGGAUGCUAUGGAGCAAAUUGAGCAAGUCCAGCAUGCACAUCCCGAACCGAUAGACCUGGAAAAUGCUCCCAAUCUUUUAUUCUUCGAGCAGACGACCAAAGAGGGAAUUCCGGAAGUUGUGCAGCAACGCGAUGAACAUCCACAAGUCAUCACUCUGUGCGAUAAAACACAAUCUGUUAAUCGUGUGGACGUCAACCCCCUAGUACAGGACAGUCCGAUGAAUGAUUCCGGGGUUGUGGAUCGCAUAGAAAUGUCAACGCAAGAAAUGCAUAAUCCAAAUCAUCUGAGUCCCAUCGCAGAAGAACCGUCCACUCCAGCAAAGAAAACACCAUAUACUCCUCCACCAAAGGCUGGCCUACAACCAGGAGCAAGACAGCUAUUCACCCCUCCAUCUACAUCACCAGACACUCCUCCAUGGAACACUUUUCGACGAAGAAGAGAAUUCCAGCGGAGGCAGUCACACCUGGCCUCCUCAUCUAGCAUCGACGGCCCGCCUCCUAAGAAGUACAAAAGCAAUCUCACUGCAUCGCUCAAAUGCUUUACCAAUGAAAGACGUCAAGAGGAUCCGGACGCCUUUACUGGCAUGUGGUACGAAAAUGCGGAGAAAACUCCCACCAAGCGCAUGAGUUAUGUUAAACUUCUGCAGGAGGAAGAAAAGGACAUGAAGAUGAAUGCCGCCAAUGCCCGCUAA